AUGGGUGAUAUGGAACGUCUGACGCGUAACAAGCAACGUGCCGCAGUGAAACGUGAUGCAGCUGCUAGCCAUAUCGAGUCAAUUUAUGCUUUGGGUUUAUCUGCUUCUACUGACAGUUCUGUCAUUCCCAAAUUCCUCAUAGCCAGUGAAGAUAUUCAGAACCAUUGGGAAGCGUUCACCCUUGAAAAUGACACCAUGUUAGAAGCUAUGAUUGAAUUGGGUACGCAUGAUGAAUUUUCCAAUAACGUUGAAUUGGAGAUUCGAAAUACUCUACUUAAUAUUAAAGCCUUGGCAAAUAAAUUCCGCUCUAGUUCAGAUGCUGGUGUUGCGGCUAGUGUCACUAGUAAUAAUGACAAACCGGGUUCUGACAUUGUUAACGAUAACAUUGAUACGGUAUCAAAUCCUACAGCUCAAGUAGGUCCGCUCAUCGCUAGUUCAGCCCCUUCCGAUUCAGGUGUUCAGUUACCCAAGAUUCCAUUGCCUACCUUUGAUGGUCGUCUUCAAAACUGGCCAGACUUUAGAGACCGUUUCACCACCUUAGUGGGCAAUAGGACACACCUGAGUAAGAUAGAGAAGUUCUAUUAUUUAUUAGGAUGUUUACAGUCUGGUCCUACUGACGUAGUCAAGGGUAUUACAGUUUCUGAAACCACUUAUGAACUUGCUUGGUCUGCCUUAGUUCAAAGGUAUGAUAAACCCCGUCAGUUGGCUACUACUUUGGUUAAUGAAAUGCUCAAUGCUCCAAUUAACCAUCAGGAAUCUCCCGCAGUAUUAAUUAAUUUCUUAAAUACCUUUUGUGAGAACAUAGCUCUUCUUCAGUCAUUGAAUAUACCUGAUUUAGGUUCAUUCCUGUUAUUUGCAAUAUCAGUUCGUUGUUUGCCUUCAACUACACGCCGUCUGUUUGAACAGGGGAACACUGCUGAUUUUCCUACUGUUGAUAGCUUAUUAUACUUUGCCAAAGAUAGGGUAGAGGUGUUGGAAAACUCUGGUUCAUCUUUGAACCAGGCCACAGUUAAGCCUCAAACAAAGCUCGUCUUCAAUAAACCUAAGCAUACAAAUUCCAAGCCAAAUCAAUCGGGCUCUAAGGCCCCUCGAAGCCAUCAAGGUUCUCCAGUGGCGUUAGUUGCUAGCAAACCAGCUGGAGAGUCUCAUCGUUGUGAACAGUGUAACGGUUCGCAUUCUUUAACGUCAUGCUCUACCUUUAAGGGCUUGUCUAUCGAUGAUCGCUACGCUUUAGCGAGCAAGCAUAGGUUGUGUAUGGUUUGUUUCGGUAGCAAUCAUUGGGCAAACAAAUGUAAGUCCUCAUGUUCUGUUUGUCACGGUCGUCAUCAUCAGCUGUUACAUCGAGAUAAUUCCCAUAGCAAGAUAACGCCAAGCAAGGAUCCUGUUGCAUCGUAUAUUGGCACUCAACAUUCCAGAUCGGUCUUGUUAGGCACCGCCUCUGUCAAUGUUCAUGAUGUAGCCGGGUGUUUGCAGCCAGUUCGGGCUUUGAUUGACCCCGCGUCCCAAGUGAGUCUAAUGACCUCUGAGUGUGCUAAGCGUCUAGGUCUAUUCUGUGAACAGUGGACAGUCCCAGUAGCUGGUCUAGCAGGUCAGUUAGUGCAAUCCAUCAAUGGCAGAGUGCAGAUCAGCAUACAAUCGGCUACAGAUGGCAGCAUGAUCAACCUUUCUACUUGGACUAUGCGUAAAAUAACAGGGUCAAUGCCAUCGGCACAACUACCGGUCUCCGUCAGGAACAAGUGCUCUCAUCUAGUCUUGGCAGAUCCUAAUUUUGACUCACCAGCUCCGGUUGAAUUGCUGCUUGGUGCAGAUGUAUUCCCUCAAGUGAUCCGCAGCAGAAGACAUGACUUAGGUGUUGGAUUACCUACUGCCUUUGAUACUAUCUUCGGUUGGUUUCUCCUUGGUCCAGUUGAUCCAUCUCUACCAGCAGCUCCGCAACAGACUAUGAUGAUUUCCUUAUUAACAACUUCAAUUGAAUCUCUAGUUGAGAGAUUUUGGAAGAUUGAAGAACCUGAUGAGGCGCCACAAUCAUUCACUGAAGAAGGAAGAUGUGAAGAGAUAUUCGCUCAGGAAACUUACCGUGACAGCUCUGGCAGAUUUGUGGUGCCGCUUCCUUUUCGUACCCCACCUACAUCAUUCGUUUUUCAUGGCUCCCGCCAGUUGGCACUUGUUCGCUUUGAACGUCUAGAACGUAAAUUGAUUCGGGACAAACCCUUAUACUUGGCUUACCAACAGUUUAUGGCGGAUUAUGAAUCCCUCGGUCAUAUGUCACCUGCCAAGUCUCCUGGUUCAUAUUUUAUCCCUCACCAUGCAGUUCACAAGAUGGAAGGGGACAACAUGAAGCUCCGGGUAGUAUUUGACGCGUCAGCUCGACCUUCUUCAAACACCUCUCUUAAUGAUGCUUUAAUUGUAGGUCCUAAGCUCCAACAAGAUAUAGUGGACAUACUACUUCGUUUUCGUAUCCACGCAGUUGUUUUUACAGCUGACAUUUCAUCUCCUCACGACAAAGUUCAAGAGUUUGAGUUGAACACGGUCACCUAUGGUGUUGGGACAGCUCCCUACCUGGCACUGAGGGUGUUGAAGGAAAUAGCGGUUGUCUAUGGUCAACAAUAUCCUCUGGUACAGACAGCUCUUAUGUAUCAAACUUACAUGGACGACAUUUGUACUGGGGCAGAUAGCAUCCAGGAAGCUCAAGCCCUUAAAGAUAAUUUGAUUUCUAUUCUCAGCCAGUUCGGCCUAGAGUUAAAGAAAUGGGCUAGUAAUUCUCCUCAGCUGUUGGAAAACAUACCUUCGGAAGAUAGAGCAGUUGGUUCUCUCCCAUUCAACAUUGAAAGUUCGCCUCAAGUUCAGAUUUUAGGUAUGAAGUGGAAUCCUGAUGUCGACACCUUCAACUACAAUGUCAGUUCAGUCAAGUUUGUUUCAUCCAAACGUAGUAUGUUGUCGGUGAUUGCGCGGAUCUAUGAUCCACUUGGUUUUUUAUCCCCUGUAAUUUUUCAUGCUAAGCAUCAGUUGCAAUGUGUUUGGCGGUCUGGUGUUUCAUGGGAUGAUCGGCUUCCGUUGGAACUAGAACAUUCUUGGAUGUCCUUUGUUAAUGAGUUACAUUAUCUAUCCACGAUUCAAGUACCAAGGUUUGUUGGUACGUCUGAAGGGUCACAAUAUGAAUUAUGUGGGUUCUCUGAUGCUUCUAUCAAAGGCUAUGCGGCUGUAGUUUAUUUAAGAGUGUCAGAUCGCCACCGUAGGGUCUCUAUGUUCUUGCUAGGUAGUAAGACCAAAUUGGCACCAACCAAAGCCAUGUCUAUUCCUCGCCUUAAGCUCUGUGGAGCCGGGUUGCUCGCUCGUUGGUUAAGUCGCAUCCAGAUCACUCUCUCGACUCAGAUAACUAUCCAAAACGUUUUUGCUUGGUCUGACUCGUCAAUAGUGCUAUCUUGGUUAAAAACCCCCCAUGUUUCGUAUAAGAUAUUUGUAUCUAACCGUAUUCAUAAGAUAAAUGAAUUGUUACCGUCUUGUAGUUGGUUUUAUGUUAGCACUGAUAUGAACCCAGCAGAUUGUGCCUCUCGAGGUUUACGACCUGGUGAGCUAGCUCAGCAUGAUCUUUAUUGGAGAGGUCCUACCUUCCUCAACCAGUUCGGUGAGAGUUGGUCAUCAGAAGUUAAUUUGAUUCCCUCAGACCAGUUGCCUGAGGUCACAGGUCCUGUGUCUUGUGUUGUUGAAACUACAGGAGAGCCGAUUGAGUGGUUCUCCCGCUUCUCGUCUCUAAAUCGUAUGUUGAGAAUUAUUAUUCGUUUACAACGUCUUAUUAAAUUGUGUCGCAAGGUCCCAGUAGACACUAGUCUCCUUUCAUACCAGGAGUAUAAUGAUGCAUUGACAGCUGUCAUCAAGUGUUCACAAGGUGUGUUCUUGAAAUCUUUGUUUCUUGAGUUAUCUUCUGGUAAGGCUGUCUCCUCUAGGCCACUUGCACGUUUAUCGCCGUUCAUCGAUGACUGUGGUGUCAUCCGGGUAGGAGGUCGUCUUCGUCAUUCCUUGCUAUCAGAUCGACGCAAGUUCCCAGUCCUGCUGUCAAAGGCAUCAUAUUUGUCAUUACUAAUUGCUCGGCAUUGGCAUCUGUUUGCUUGUCAUGCAGGUCCACGUCUCAUGUCGGCUUUAAUAUGUAGACAGUUCUGGAUAGUGGGUGAUCGCUCUGUAAUUCGUCGCGCAAUUAGUGAAUGUACUGUUUGUGUCAGGUUAUCAGCUCGUAACCUGCAGCCGGUCAUGUCUGAUCUACCUGACUUUAGAGUUCAGCAAUGCCAUCCUUUUUCUAGUGUGGGCAUAGACUAUGCUGGUCCCCUUAUUAUGAAGGAGACUAAUCUGCGAAAGGCCCGACAAUAUAAAGUUUAUAUUGCUGUUUUUGUUUGCAUGAGUGUCAAGUUAGUUCACCUUGAGCUUGUGACUGAUCUGUCAACCGAUGCCUUCCUGGCGGCAUUCAACCGCUUUGUAGCUCGACGGGGAUUGCCAUCCGCAGUAUAUUCAGACUGUGGUACCAAUUUUGUUGGUGCAUCGAAAAGACUAUAUGAUCUAGUGAAUGAUCCAAGGAAUCGCGAGCAGUUUAGCUCAGCGUUUGUGUGUUCAUGGAAGUUUAACCCUCCCAGUGCACCUCAUUUUGGUGGGCUCUGGGAAGCAGCGGUACGUUUUACAAAGCUCUUGUUAGUACGGGUGGUUGGCAACCAGGUGUUGUCUUAUGAGGAGUUCUCGACAGUUUUGUGCAGGAUAGAGUCGUGCUUAACUCAGACCACUAACACCAUCGUCUAA